UUGUGCCUGGUCCAAUGGGAACAAGCAGUGUUAUGAGUGGUUAUCACUCAGUGGCACCGUCAGCUGCUAGACUCAACUACACAUGUGUUCAGUGAGUGUGGAAACUGCAGUGCAGUACUUGGUGGCAGACGUGUAGUAUUGGACGCAGAAGUGCAUUACAGCAGUGGUGGCAGAUGUGAAGUACUAGGAGCAGACGGGCAGCAGAACAGUGGUAGCAGACGUAUGGACUUUACAAGGGAAGACAGUUUGAUGGGGCAAUUUAGCUGACGUUUUUUGAAGAUUUACUUCAAGCAAAUUGAUUUCUACUGAAAUCAUAUAAAUCGUGUUAUUACCAUAAAGUUUCGAAAGAACUUGAUUAAUGAAUUGUACAUUAUCCAACCAGCAAACUUGGAGCAUACCUGGAGGAACAGUUACAAUUAAGUUUUCAAUGAAUACAUUUUGUGUCCAAAGUUUGAAACUUUCUCGGUGUGUUUCCGUCCGUCAGUGAGUGUCGGCAGUCUCCUCUGUGUAAGACAGAGGGUUGACUGCGUCUGGUCAACUGCCAGGUGUUGUGGAUUAUGUAUGAUCUGCAUCUUGAUAGUUCAGGCACCAAUGCUUCUGGUAUGGCCGACUACAAUGAUUACGCUGCCCUGUAUGAAAACCACUGCAGCGAUGACUUCCUGGACCAAUCAGAGCUCAAAGUCAGCAACAUCAUCAAGCGCUACAUCUAUCCCAUCAUCCUCUUCAUUGGAACUGUGGGUAAUCUGACGUCAAUCCGCUACCUGCAUAACCUGAGUGUGAAUGUCUGGUCAACAUGCUUGUAUCUCACCGUCCUCUCCUUCAUCGACCUUGUCACCCUCUACGUCGACUGCGGCAACAAGUGGUUCGAGAUCGUGUCCGACAUCAACCUAAGCGUAAAGAUCAGUGAGACCUCUGGUGCCGUUUGCAAGGUUUAUCCUUUCAUUUUCCAGUUCUUCCUCCACUUCAGUCCCUGGAUCGUCGUGGCAACAUCAGUGGAGCUAACCAUCGCCUCAAAGUUUCCACAUCUGACCUAUAAGAUGUGCACACGGGAACGAGCCAAGGCUGUGAUGCUGCUUACAACAGUUUUGUUACUUUGUCUCAACAUGCACUACUUCUGGACCUACGGACUCGUGAAGUACGCGGAAACUCCGGACCACAUCGUUACAGUCUGUGUCUACAUUGAAGAGUUCUCAGAAUACUUCCGGGACCAAAUAUGGCCCUUCAUCAACCUUGCAGUCGGACAUAUUGCCCCCCUUGUGGUCGUCACAGCUUGUUUUUUCAUAACCAUAUCCUCAUAUCUAAAAUCAGACAAUGCAUGCAAAGUCAAGCUGGAACAGUACUUCAUGGACUUGAAAUCUCUCCAGCAGUUGAGGGUCACUUUCAUCGUCAUCUGUUUGUUCUAUGUGAUUGUGGUAACGAUGAAGAUCCUGCUGGUUAUCGUCAACUAUCUCAUUGCUCAAAGGAUCGUCCUCAUUCCCUGUGCUCUGGAGUCCCGUGUGUUGGCCGUCAUGAUGUUGCUCGGAUCGCUAUGGGACAUGCUGUUUUACUUGUUCCUCAGCGUAAAGUUCUUCAUAUAUAUGGCCACAUGUACAAGAUUUCGCUAUGAGAUUUAUCAACUUGUGUGUCGCAUUGGGCGUGGGCUUCAUCGAAAAGACAGAGUGACCUUGACCUCAGGAAACCGCUACGAUGCCAAGCCACUGAUGCAGCAUGGUAACAAUGUGAGAAAUAGUGUUUCCUAUUCACAAAGGAAGGGUCUAGCAGAGGAUGCAUGUUCUGGUGUUACAACUGCUGUGUGAGCAGACGCAGAGAUAUGAUGCUUCCUACAGUUUCUCCUUCCAUGGCUCCCCAGCAUUAGCUCCUCCUCCAUCCUGGCAACACACCAGUGGCGAAAUGUAUAUAGUGUUGAAAAUACGGUCAGUAUGGUUGUGUGAAGACUAUACUUUGUGCAUAUAUGUGAGGGAGCGGGAUUUCUAUGUGACUCUGGUCAUCAGUGUGUGGAGAUUCCACUCUAUUGCUCAUCAUUGUGUGGAGAUUCCACUCUAUUGCUCAUCAUUGUGUUGGGGUUUCACUCUACUGGUCAUCAGUGUGUGGAGAUUCCACUCUAUUGCUCAUCAUUGUGUGGAGAUUCCACUCUAUUGCUCAUCAUUGUGUUGGGGUUUCACUCUACUGGUCAUCAGUGUGUGGAGAUUCCACUCUAUUGCUCAUCAUUGUGUUGGGGUUUCACUCUAUUGGUCAUCGGUGUGGAGAUUCCACUCUAUUGCUCAUCAUUGUGUUGGGGUUUCACUCUACUGGUCAUCAGUGUGUGGAGAUUCCACUCUAUUGCUCAUCAUUGUGUUGGGGUUUCACUCUAUUGGUCAUCGGUGUGGAGAUUUCACUCUAUUGGUCAUCGGUGUGGAGAUUUCACUCUAUAGGUCAUCGGUGUGGAGAUUUCACUCUAUUGGUCAUCGGUGUGGAGAUUUCACUCUAUAGGUCAUCGGUGUGGAGAUUUCACUCUAUAGGUCACCGGUGUGGAGAUUUCACCCUAUGUGACUGGGCGGUCAUCACAGUGUGGUGAUUUCACUCUAUUGGUCAUCUGUGUGUGGAGAUUUCAAUCUAUGUGACUGUGUGGUCAUCUCUGUAUGCAGCUUUCACUCUAUGUGACUGGGCAGUCAUCGGUGUGUGGUGAUUUCACUCUAUUGGUCAUCGGGGUGUGGAGAUUUCACUCUAUUGGUAAUCGGUGUGUGGAGAUUUCACUCUAUUGGUCAUCGAUGUGUGGAGAUUUCACUCUAGUGGUCAUCAGUCUGUGGAGAUUUCACUCUAUGUGACUGCGUGGUCAUAGGUGUGUGGAUUUCAAUCUAUGUGACUGCGUGGUCAUAGGUGUGUGGAGAAUUCAAUCUAUGUGACUGGGUGGUCAUCACGGUGUGGGGAUUUCAAUCUAUGUGACUGGGUGGUCAUCACGGUGUGGGGAUUUCAAUCUAUGUGACUGCGUGGUCAUAGGUGUGUGGAGAUUUCACUCUAUUGGUCAUCAGUGUGUGGAGAUUUCAAUCUAUGUGACUGCGUGGUCAUAGGUGUGUGGGGAUUUCAAUCUAUGUGACUGCGUGGUCAUCGGUGUGUGGAGAUUUCACUCUAUUGGUCAUCAGUGUGUGGAGAUUUCAAUCUAUGUGACUGUGUGGUCAUAGGUGUGUGGAGAAUUCAAUCUAUGUGACUGGGUGGUCAUCACGGUGUGGGGAUUUCAAUCUAUGUGACUGCGUGGUCAUAGGUGUGUGGAGAUUUCACUCUAUGUGACUGUGUGGUCAUAGGUGUGUGAAGAAUUCAAUCUAUGUGACUGGGCGGUCAUUGGUGUGUGGAGAUUUCACCCUAUAUAACCGUGAGAUCUACAUGAAGAUAAUGACACAGCUGUGUGUAUUUUUCACUCCAUAAGCAGAAAUAGUGAAGUUGUGUCCCAAAUUUACCAAAUAAAAUUAAAACGAAGCCGAUGUGAGCAGUUGUGUCCAGAUACAACGUCUCAUGAUUGGAGGAUGCAGUGGAAAUAUUUCCAAAUGGAUGUGUUGUGAGGAUGAUGGCUGUUAAAUAGACAUCUACAUACUCAGGUGGACCUUAAUCAAAAUGUGACAGGACACUUGUCAGCUGAAACUGAUCACCACACAAAAUGGCGGAGCCUAUUACCAACAGAAUCUUUAUAUGAUACUCGGUAACUUCAACAAACCAUACAAUAUAGACAAAGCUUGAAGGCUGGAAAGGUUGGGCUGCAACUUUACCUGAAACAUCUACUGAAUAGUGAUAACAUAUAAGGACACCCCUUAUAAAGUCUGAAUAUUUAUAAGCCAUCAAAACACCUUUAAUAGUACACAAACAAACUCAAGCUUGCGGUCUAGUGUCAAUUUGUAGUGAGUGAGUGAGUGGGUGGGUGGGUGGGUGAGUGAGUGAGUGAGUGAGUGAGUGAGUGAGUGAGUGAGUGAGUGAGUGAGUGAGUGAGUGAGUGAGUGAGUGAGUGAGUGAGCGAGUGAGCGAGUGAGUGAGCGAGAGUUCGGUUUAAUGCAACUUUGAACAUUAUCUUAGUUAUAUCAAGACAAUAUUUUGCCAGCUUGGUGUCGGGUAAAGCCCGAAGUGAGUGAGUGAGUGAGUGAGUGAGUGAGUGAGUGAGCAGGCGAGAGUUCGGUUUAAUGCAACUUUGAACAUUAUCUUAGUUAUAUCAAGCCCGAAGUGAUGCAGGUCUUAAACGUUUACCACUUUGGUGAAACCCACGCGGAAGGGUAUGGUGCCAACAAACGGAAACAUAUUCAGGGUGUACAGGGAUUCGUAACUGUGAUCAUAGGUUUCCAUGUGAUGAAAAGCAAGCACCCUGCAAUAUCAAUAAAUAUCAGUUAAAAGAUGGACAUUCAAGUCACGAUGAGUAAGAAGACUUCAGUAAAGGCGGUUCUGAAAAGUGUCACUCAGAGAGUAGAACAGAACAGCAUGUUGUUGAAACUUUCAUACUUCAAACAGUUACACAAUAAUGAAGACCUGGUGUGUAACAGUUUCAUUAACCAUGAGAUCACAUACAUCUAUCUGUUGAUAACAAGAAUAAAUAGGUCUGUAGCUUAAAAGGGGGGCACGGGUGGCCCAGUCGUCUAAGGCGCCGUGAUUCGCUGUGCAGAGUUGCAUCCCUUGGGCAUGCCAGAAACCUAUGACUGUGGGUUCGAAUCCAGGUUCGCCCCGUUUAUGUUU